GCCGCAGUUACCGCGUAAGCCUCUGGGCUUCUCGGCGCGACCGCCGGCUGCCUGAGAAAGCCGGCGCUGCGCUUGGCCUCGGCUUCCCGGCCGAGAGUGGUGAGGCAGAGGCCGGGGAGGCGGGAGGCCCGCGGGGCCCGGGCGGGAGGCGAAGACUCAUGAAAUGGCCACAGAUGACAAGAGUUCCCCGACACUGGACUCUGCUAAUGAUUUGCCUCGCUCUCCCGCCAGUCCUUCUCACCUCACUCACUUUAAACCCUUGACUCCUGACCAGGAUGAGCCCCCCUUCAAGUCAGCAUAUAGUUCUUUUGUAAACCUUUUUCGCUUUAACAAAGAGCGGGGAGAAGGGGGCCAAGGAGAGCAGCAGUCUCCGAGUUCAAGUUGGGCCAGCCCUCAGAUCCCUUCAAGAACACAGUCUGUGAGGUCGCCUGUACCUUAUAAAAAACAGCUUAAUGAGGAGCUCCACCGGCGCUCUUCAGUGUUAGCAGAGAACACUUUGCCACAUCCUCAGGAGAGCACAGACUCCAGAAGGAAAGCAGAACCAGCCUGUGGAGGUCAUGACCCACGUACAGCUGUUCAGCUUCGAAGCCUCAGCACAGUAUUGAAACGCCUCAAAGAAAUCAUGGAAGGAAAAAGCCAGGACAGUGACCUGAAGCAAUAUUGGAUGCCAGAUAGCCAGUGUAAAGAGUGCUAUGACUGCAGUGAAAAGUUUACAACAUUUAGGCGCAGACACCAUUGCAGACUGUGUGGGCAGAUUUUCUGCAGUCGUUGUUGUAAUCAAGAAAUCCCUGGAAAAUUUAUGGGCUAUACAGGAGACCUCCGAGCAUGCACCUACUGUAGGAAAAUAGCCUUAAGUUAUGCUCAUUCCACAGACAGUAAUUCCAUUGGGGAAGACUUGAAUGCUCUUUCAGAUUCAACUUGCUCUGUGUCUAUACUUGAUCCAAGCGAACCUCGGACACCUGUUGGGAGUAGAAAAGCCAGUCGUAACAUAUUCUUAGAGGAUGAUUUAGCCUGGCAAAGUUUGAUUCAUCCGGAUUCCUCAAAUAGUGCUCUUUCAACAAGACUCGUAUCUGUUCAAGAGGAUGCUGGGAAGUCUCCUGCUCGGAACAGAUCAGCCAGCAUUACUAAUCUGUCACUGGAUCGGUCUGGUUCUCCUAUGGUUCCUUCAUAUGAGACAUCUGUCAGUCCCCAGGCUAACCGAAACUACAUUAGGACCGAGACGACUGAGGAUGAACGCAAAAUUCUUCUGGACAGUGCUCAGUUAAAGGAUCUGUGGAAGAAAAUCUGCCAUCACACCAGUGGGAUGGAAUUUCAAGAUCACCGUUACUGGUUGAGAACACAUCCCAACUGCAUUGUAGGAAAGGAAUUAGUCAACUGGCUAAUCAGAAAUGGACACAUCGCUACAAGGGCACAAGCUAUAGCAAUUGGACAAGCAAUGGUUGAUGGACGUUGGUUGGAUUGUGUUAGUCAUCAUGACCAGCUUUUCAGGGACGAAUAUGCGUUGUAUAGACCACUUCAGAGUACAGAAUUUUCUGAGACACCUUCUCCAGACAGUGACUCCGUGAACUCUGUGGAAGGACACUCCGAGCCAUCCUGGUUUAAAGACAUAAAAUUUGAUGACAGUGACACAGAACAGAUUGCUGAAGAAGGUGACGAUAAUUUGGCUAAUUCUGCCAGUCCUAGCAAGCGCACCUCAGUCAGCAGUUUCCAGUCCACAGUGGACAGUGACUCAGCCGCUUCUAUCAGCCUGAACGUGGAGCUGGACAACGUGAACUUCCAUAUCAAGAAGCCCUCCAAGUACCCACAUGUGCCCCCUCACCCUGCUGACCAAAAAGAGUAUUUGGUUUCUGACACUGGAGGACAGCAGCUCUCAAUAAGUGAUGCCUUCAUCAAAGAGUCCUUAUUUAAUCGACGAGUAGAGGAAAAAUCCAAAGAGCUGCCUUUUACCCCUUUGGGCUGGCAUCAUAACAACCUGGAACUCUUGCGAGAGGAGAAUGAGGAGAAGCAAGCCAUGGAAAGGCUGCUUUCAGCUAAUCAUAACCACAUGAUGGCCCUACUCCAGCAAUUGCUUCAAAACGAGUCAUUGUCAUCGUCUUGGAGGGACAUCAUUGUGUCACUAGUCUGCCAGGUUGUUCAGACAGUCCGACCUGACGUCAAGCACCAGGAUGAUGACAUGGAUAUCCGUCAGUUUGUCCAUAUCAAGAAGAUCCCAGGUGGAAAGAAAUUUGAUUCUGUGGUUGUCAAUGGCUUUGUUUGUACCAAGAACAUUGCACAUAAAAAGAUGAAUUCCUGUAUUAAAAACCCCAAAAUCCUUCUGUUGAAGUGUUCUAUUGAGUAUCUCUAUAGAGAAGAAACUAAGUUUACCUGCAUUGAUCCUAUUGUGCUUCAGGAAAGGGAAUUCUUGAAGAAUUAUGUUCAACGAAUAGUUGAUGUUCGACCCACAUUGGUUCUUGUUGAGAAAACCGUGUCUCGGAUUGCUCAGGACAUGUUACUGGAACAUGGCAUUACUCUGGUCAUUAAUGUAAAGUCACAAGUUUUAGAAAGAAUCAGUCGAAUGACCCAAGGUGAUUUAGUGGUGUCCAUGGACCAGCUGCUCACCAAACCCCACUUGGGCACUUGCCACAAAUUUUAUAUGCAGAUAUUUCAGCUGCCUAAUGAACAAACCAAAACACUGAUGUUUUUUGAAGGCUGUCCACAGCACCUAGGCUGCACAAUCAAGCUCAGAGGAGGCUCUGAUUAUGAGCUGGCUCGAGUUAAGGAGAUCCUAAUAUUUAUGAUCUGUGUAGCUUAUCAUUCUCAGCUAGAAAUCUCUUUUCUCAUGGAUGAGUUCGCUAUGCCUCCAACGUUAAUGCAAAGCCCUUCGUUCCAUCUUCUGACGGAGGGACGGGGUGAAGAGGGAGCCUCUCAGGAGCAGGUCAGUGGCAGCUCCCUUCCUCAGGAUCCUGAGUGCCCUCGUGAGGCCCUGUCUUCUGACGAUAGCACUUUGUUGGAAUCAAGGACUGUGCUAGAGAAGGGUGAACUAGACAAUAAAAGUAUUCCACAAGCUGUUGCCUCUUUGAAGCAUCAAGAUUAUACCACCCCCACUUGCCCAGCAGGUAUCCCCUGUGCUCUCUUUGCAUUGGUACCAGAGUCAUUGUUGCCUCUCCAUAUGGAUCAACAGGAUGCUGUAGGAAAUGAACAACCAGAGACAUCACAACAAACAGAUGAGCAACAGGAUCCCAAAAGCCAGAUGAAAGCUUUUAGAGACCCUCUACAGGAUGACACCGGAAUGUAUGUUACUGAGGAAGUCACCUCCUCUGAAGAUCAACGAAAGACUUAUGCCUUGACAUUUAAACAGGAAUUAAAAGACGUAAUCCUCUGUAUCUCUCCAGUUAUUACAUUCCGUGAACCUUUCCUUUUAACUGAAAAGGGGAUGAGAUGCUCAACUCGAGAUUAUUUUCCAGAGCAGAUUUACUGGUCUCCUCUUCUCAACAAAGAGGUGAUGGAAAUGGAGAGCAGGAGGAAGAAACAGCUGCUCAGGGAUCUCUCUGGACUUCAGGGCAUGAAUGGCAGUGUUCAGGCCAAGUCUAUUCAAGUCUUACCCUCACAUGAACUAGUGAGCACCAGGAUUGCUGAACAUCUGGGUGACAGCCAGACCUUGGGUAGAAUGCUAGCUGAUUAUCGAGCUAGAGGAGGAAGAAUUCAGUCAAAACAUUUGGACCCUUUUGUCCAUUCAAAAGAUGCAUCAUGUACUUCAGGUGGAAAACCAGGAAACAAAACUGAGAGUGAUGAAGAGAGGGGAUUGAUCCCAAGUGAUGUAAUAUGGCCAGCAAAGGUGGACUGUCUGAAUCCUGCUAACCACCAGAGGCUCUGUGUGCUCUUCAGCAGCUCUUCUGCCCAGUCCAGCAAUGCUCCCAGUGCUUGUGUCAGUCCUUGGAUUGUAACAAUGGAGUUUUAUGGAAAGAAUGACCUUACACUGGGAAUAUUUUUAGAAAGAUACUGUUUCAGGUCUUCUUACCAGUGUCCGAGCAUGUUCUGUGACACCCCCAUGGUUCAUCACAUUCGACGCUUUGUUCAUGGCCAAGGCUGUGUACAGAUAAUUCUGAAGGAGUUGGAUUCUCCAGUGCCUGGAUAUCAACAUACAAUUCUCACAUACUCCUGGUGCAGAAUCUGCAAACAAGUAACACCAGUUGUUGCUCUUUCAAAUGAAUCCUGGUCUAUGUCAUUUGCAAAGUACCUUGAACUUCGAUUUUAUGGCCACCAGUACACACGCAGAGCCAACGCUGAGCCCUGCGGUCACUCUAUCCACCAUGAUUAUCACCAGUAUUUCUCUUAUAACCAGAUGGUGGCAUCUUUCAGUUACUCUCCUAUUCGGCUUCUUGAAGUAUGUGUUCCACUACCAAAAAUAUUCAUUAAGCGUCAAGCCCCACUGAAGGUAUCUCUUCUUCAGGACCUCAAGGACUUUUUUCAGAAGGUUUCACAGGUGUACCUAGCUGUUGAUGAGAGACUUGCAUCCUUGAAAACGGAUACAUUUAGCAAAACCAGAGAGGAAAAGAUGGAAGAUAUCUUUGCACAAAAGGAGAUGGAAGAGGGUGAGUUUAAGAACUGGACAGAGAAGAUGCAAGCAAGGCUCAUGUCUUCCUCUGUGGAUACCCCUCAGCAACUGCAGUCCAUUUUUGAGUCACUGAUUGCCAAGAAGCAAAGCCUCUGUGAGGUGCUCCAGGCGUGGAACAGCAGGUUGCAGGACCUCUUCCAGCAGGAAAAAGGUAGAAAGAGGCCUUCAGUUCCUCCCAGUCCUGGGAGACUGAGACAAGGUGAAGAAAGCAAGAUAAAUGCAAUGGACACAUCUCCAAGGAAUAUUUCUCCAGGACUUCACAAUGGAGAAAAAGAGGAUCGCUUCUUGACAACCCUGUCCAGCCAGAGCUCUACGAGCUCCACCCACCUCCAGCUGCCCACUCCUCCCGAGGCCCUGGCCGAGCAGGUAGUGGGAGGGCCGACUGAUCUGGAUUCAGCCAGUGGUUCUGAAGAUGUAUUUGAUGGUCAUUUGCUGGGAUCCACAGACAGCCAGGUGAAGGAAAAGUCAACCAUGAAAGCCAUCUUUGCUAAUUUGCUUCCAGGAAACAGCUACAAUCCCAUUCCAUUUCCUUUUGAUCCAGAUAAACACUACUUAAUGUAUGAACAUGAACGGGUGCCCAUUGCUGUCUGUGAGAAAGAGCCCAGCUCCAUCAUUGCUUUUGCACUCAGUUGUAAAGAAUACCGAAAUGCCUUAGAGGAAUUGUCCAAAGCGACUCUGUGGAACAGUGCUGAAGAAGGGCUUCCAGCCAAUAGUGCUUUAGAUAACAGACCUAAGAGUAGCAGCCCUAUUAGAGUACCUGAAAUCAGUGGAGGACAGACAAACCGCACAGGAGAAGCAGAACCUCAGCCAACCAAAAAAGCUUCAGGCAUGUUGUCCUUCUUCAGAGGAACAGCAGGGAAGAGUCCUGACCUGUCUUCUCAGAAGAGGGAGACCUUACGUGGGGCAGACAGUGCUUACUACCAGGUUGGGCAGGCUGGCAAGGAGGGGUUGGAGAGUCAAGGCCUGGAGCCUCAAGAUGAAGUAGACGGAGGAGAUACACAGAAGAAACAACUCACAAAUCCUCAUGUGGAACUUCAAUUUUCUGAUGCUAAUGCCAAGUUUUACUGUCGGCUGUACUACGCGGGAGAGUUCCAUAAGAUGCGUGAAGUGAUUCUGGGCAGCAGCGAGGAGGAUUUCAUUCGCUCCCUUUCUCACUCAUCUCCCUGGCAGGCCCGGGGAGGCAAGUCAGGAGCUGCUUUCUAUGCCACCGAAGAUGAUAGAUUCAUUCUGAAGCAAAUGCCUCGUUUGGAAGUCCAGUCUUUCCUUGACUUUGCACCACACUACUUCAAUUAUAUCACAAAUGCUGUUCAACAAAAGAGGCCCACCGCCUUGGCUAAAAUUCUUGGAGUUUACAGAAUUGGCUAUAAGAACUCUCAGAACAACACUGAGAAGAAGUUAGAUCUCCUUGUUAUGGAAAAUCUUUUCUAUGGGAGAAAGAUGGCACAGGUUUUUGAUUUGAAGGGUUCACUUAGGAAUCGAAAUGUAAAAACUGACACUGGGAAAGAGAGCUGUGAUGUGGUUCUGUUGGAUGAAAACCUCCUAAAGAUGGUUCGAGACAACCCUCUCUAUAUUCGUUCCCAUUCCAAAUCUGUGCUGAGAACCUCCAUCCACAGCGACGCCCAUUUCCUUUCCAGCCACCUCAUUAUAGACUAUUCUCUGCUGGUUGGGCGAGAUGACACUAGCAAUGAGCUUGUGGUUGGCAUCAUAGAUUACAUUCGAACAUUUACAUGGGACAAAAAACUUGAGAUGGUUGUGAAGUCAACAGGAAUUUUAGGAGGACAAGGUAAAAUGCCAACUGUGGUCUCUCCAGAGUUGUAUAGGACUAGAUUUUGUGAAGCAAUGGACAAGUAUUUCUUGAUGGUGCCAGACCACUGGACAGGGUUGGAUCUGAAUUGCUGAAAUCACACAGAUGAUUUGAAAAAGACUGUGAACGAAAGUGGAUCUGAAGAAGAAACCCAAACUCUAUGAUGUUUUGUUUCUCUGUCAUAUAUACCACUGAACACAAAGACCUUUCAGUUCUGUGAGUGUCUAUAGAUUGGCUUUAGACUGUCCAUGACUGCAGGGUACUAGACAGGUAGACUGUCUAGUAGACUGUGACUGUCUAGUAGACUAUGACUGUCUGGCAUCACAUUUGUUAUUUUUUUCCAUGAGAAGGCACUUGCAGACCUUCUUGGUUUGGUAUAUGUUUCCUGUGUAGUGACUUUAUGUUUGUUCUUAUAAUAUCUGAAACAUUUAGGAAAAAUCUGAUUUAUUCCAUUAAUGGCCAGUUAAACAGAUUGGUGCUUGCUUUAUUAGGAAUUUGACUUAAAUUAGGAAUCCUGCCAUAAUCUAUAUUCUCCAACUGUUUUGAUGCUUUCACAUUCUACCUUCUAUGCAGGUGACAACAGCCUUUAGUCCUUAGCUUGAGAGCCUUUCUUAGAACAUUUUAAGGAGCUUGUUUAAAACAUUUGUGUAAUGUGCCAAACAGCACUUAAUCUGCACGUGUGUUCAUAGUCUAGAUUUACCUCUCAUUUGGGGCAAGCAAAAUAAGCAGGAAAUGAAAUUGUAGUCACUGAAGCCCUGAGUGAAGAAUUAAUAAGGAAAGCUUUUUUUUUAACGGCAAAGAGAAACUAAGUGAGAAUCAAAAAUGUGGGUAUAUGUAUUUGUAAAGUAUCUUUUAACACUACUAGCAGUUAGGUGGGAUUUGUAAAAUUUUAAGUUUCCAUCACACUGACCAGUGCUUCUGAGAAAUGCUGAGAGGUAAAGUUACUCCUACUUAAGGAGUAGUUUACUAGUCAGCAGUCUCACCUAAAACAUGACCAGAAACCCUGAACUGUGAGGAGAUGCUUUCACCCCAUAAUAUGCGAGUGUUUCUCUUGCCUUUUCUGUAACAAGGAUAUUUGGACAUUUAUAAAGUUGUAAGAAUUCCAUUUUAUUCAGACUUUUUAUCUAAUAGCAUGUUAAUAUUCGCAAAGGGCUGGAUGGACGCUGCUACAGAGGACAGUCUGCACCCGAGUCAGCACAGUGUGGCAGGUUUGCUGUAGACAGUGAAGCAGUAGCUGGCUAUUGGUUACUUGUUGAGUGUGUGGCUAAACAAGGCUUAUGUCUGCCUGAUGUUAGGCCUCGGCCUCUUCAGUGCCUUGGAAAGAUGCACCGAACACUGAAGAGUCCAGCUGUGAUGUUAAAGAUCAGUAAAGGAAUGUAUAGAUUUGAAGAUUGCUGGGGUUGUGUUGUUUCUGGUUUUCUCUUUAGUUUCAGUCCAGUGUGUAUCUGAGCUGAGCUCCAGGGGAGUAACUCCUGACAGUAACAUGGCGUGUCCAUCUUCUCUUGUCCCUGAUUGAAGAGCAACUUUGCUUUUUAAAGUAUUGUUUAAAGUAAGUAAAUAUUGAGGUAUUUUGGUGACUUUCUGAAGCAAGAGUUUCUGCUUUGAUAGCUUGAUUUGUUUUUUGUUUUUUUUAAAUUAAUGUCUGGCUGGUGUUAAUGAAGGGGAAACACAUAAUUGAACUGUUUUGCGUGGUACAAAUGUGUGACUCCUGGCUGCUUGUGUUUAGCAACUGCUGUGUAUAUGUGUGUGUAUAUAUAGUGUUCUCAGUGCUUUGAAUCGAAUGGCUGUUGUCCUCCUUGACUCCCUUUCAUGGCCUAGAGAAUAUUAAUGCUGAAAAGCUGUGAAUAAGGAAGAAAUCUCAUGCUCAAAAUAUGAAUUCCAAAGUAGCUGAUAGUAACAUGAGAAAAUUAUGCCUAUGUGUUGCUGUGUAUAAAAAUCUUGUUUAUAAAUAUGAAAAAUUUUGAUGACGUAAAAUUUUGUUUAAAGAAUAGAGUUUGAAUUUUUCCUGUCUGCCUGAGAAAAGAAAGCUGAAAUAAGCUGGAGAGCCCUUUUGUAGUCUAUUGAGUACUUACAGAGUCUCAAGAUUUCCUACGGAAGGACAGAGCAGGGGUUUUCUAGCUUUGACAUCUAUGUAUGUAAUGGGGUCACUCGUGAGCAUUGGCUUGAGGUGACUUUGUGGUGGAUGGCUUCUUGGCAUGUUAGCCAUUGGCACUGGGCUUCUGUAGAAGUGCCAAGGAGGUUAUCUGCCUGUGGCAAGUCAUCUAAGUUUCAAGUGUGAAAACUAUUGUGAGCCUGGGACCGAGUCUUCCUAGGACACCCAGUUUCUAAAGUGACUUAUGCAGUAUUCAAACCUUCUGUGCAAUGCCUUUUUUGGGUUGUUUUUGUAACAGGUUCAGUGUAUUAUAGGAAAAAAAAAGGAAACUACAAUCACAAGCAGUUUUGUUUAAUGCUGCUUUGUCAGUUUUGUAAAAGAAAAUGUACAUAAUGUCUUUCAACAGGUUUUAGACUAGAGGAAAUAACAUUGUAAAUCACAGUAGCCUGAUUUAAUAGUAAAAGUACUUAAUGUAUUAUAAUGUGUAUAUUUCUCUAACUUUGUUUCCAGCUGUUUUAUAUGAUUGACAUGUUAUUUAAAGAUAACUACCAUAGCUUCUUAGAGACUUGUACUGUAAAUAAAGAGGACCUUCAAUAAACUGGAAUUUACUUACUCUACUAGAUUUCAGAUCUGUUUGAGGAAAUUAACAAAGUGAGAGAAAGUUGAACUCAACUCUGUUGACCAGGCUGGCUUCAAACUCACAGAAAAGCACCUUCCCCUAUGAGUACUGGGAUUAAAGGCAUGUGUCACCACCGCCCGGCCCUUAGCCUUGAAUGACUAGUAAUGCCCAUCGCUGUAUGGGCCUUCCAAUGUUUAGUUUUCUUGAUAAAGCAUUCAGGGAAGUGAAUCCCUUUUCUGUACAAAAUAAUCAGAUUGUGUGGGUGGAUGGUACACCAUCAUUCAUUAUUUUCUCCUAUCAACUUGAAGACAAAUACUGUACUGGCUGAAACUGAAACCAUCUUGGUGGUACUCAUGGUUGUGGUCUCUAGGCCACGAGGCCCACUUUCCCUUAGAUUCAUGAGGGCAAAGCUGAGAGAGAGAGAGAGAGGGGAGAGAA